AUGAAUUGUGUAAGAAAUCAAGCAAAUAAAAUCAAAAUAUGGCAGGAGAAACAUUUCUAUCAAAUAGAGGACGAACUAUUGAAAUUGAACAUGUUUACCUUGCUUGAUAUCAAAAACGAAGAUCUUGAUUUACUGGCGUUCUACUUCGACCCGUCGAUCAGACCAGUUGAAACACAGAUUGAUUUACUCAACGACAACAGCGCUGAAGACUUCAGAUUUUCUUCGUGUGUAAUUAACAAGCGAGAAAUGAGUGAACAAAUGGAUGCAAGCAAUAGUGGCGCACCGGUGGUGAGUUCAAAAUCAGACACAACAUUGAAAUUGGCGAUUAAAACACCGAAAGAAAAGAAAGAUAUAUCGAUCGAUGCAUCUGCAACUGUAAAACAGCUGAAAGAUCUAGUAGCGAAUGAAUUUACUACAUCGUAUGAUCAGAUUUGCCUUAUCUAUUCUGGUAAAAUUCUCAAAGAUGAUGAAGAUCUGAAAAAACAUGAUAUAAAAGAUGGUGUCACCAUUCAUUUGGUUAUUCGAGCUCCUAAACCCAAUACAACAUCAAAUCCAUCAGGUGCGUCUGAGCCUGCAAGCGUACCACCGAUUGGAAGCCAAGCUGAAGCUCGUCCAGCGGCAGCCCCACAAGCAAAUCCGGCCGGCGAUUUCCCUUUUGGUCUUGGCGCUUUUCCUGGAAUGGGAAAUUUAAACUUCGCAAACACAAAUUUUGGUGAUAUUCAACAACAAUUCCAGCAACAAAUGAUGAACAAUCCAACACAGCUUCGUCAAUUGAUGGACAGUCCUGUUAUACAAAGUAUCACUAGUAAUCCUGAUCUACUACGAUCGUUAAUGCUUAGCAAUCCACAAAUUCGUGAUCUAAUGGAUCGUAAUCCUGAAAUAUCUCAUCUAUUGAAUAAUCCUGAUUUACUUCGCCAAACAAUGGAAUUUGCUCGUAAUCCGACAGCAAUGCAAGAAAUGAUGCGCAAUCAUGAUCGAGCUUUGAGUAACCUUGAAAGUAUUCCUGGUGGUUUCAAUGCUCUACAACGCAUUUAUCAUGAUGUUCAAGAACCAAUGUAUUCGGCAGCACAAGAACAAUUUGGAAGUAAUCCAUUUACACAAUUAUUCACUGGCAAUGAAGGAAACACUUCAACGUCACAAACUGAGAAUACGGAUCCAUUACCAAAUCCAUGGGCACCACGGGGUACUGGGGCUACUGCCGGAUCAGCACGUCAAACUCAACAGCAAUCCAAUGAUUCAAGCAAUACUCAACAGGCGUCAUCGGCAAUUCCAACAGGUGCAACGGGUAACUCACCCGGACUAAUCUCACCAAUGAUGCAAAACUAUAUGUCCCAAUUGGUUCAAAAUCCUCGUCUGCUUGAAAGUGUUCUGAAUGCCCCGUAUAUGCAACCAUUGAUGGAUUCACUUGCUGCUAAUCCAGAUAUUUCCAGACAAAUGGUGAUGAACAAUCCAAUGUUUGCUAAUAAUCCCGAAUUACGUGACCAAAUGCUCAAUGCUUUACCAGCAAUGAUGGAACAAAUGAGAAAUCCUGAAGUACAAGCAUUAAUGCAAAAUCGCGAAGCAUUAGAAGCGAUUACACAAGUACAAGAAGGUCUUCAACGGCUGCAUACUGCAGCACCUAAUCUCUUUCAAGCUGGUGGUCUACCAGCUGGUCUUCGCUUCGGUUCAACUGGCUUAACAUCACCUGGUACCACGGGAGGUUCAUCAGCACCCACUAGUCAACAAUCUCGACCAGCCGAUUCAACUGGUACACGUAGUAAUACUUCAACAGCGAAUGAUUCAAAUAACUAUGCAGGUGUUUUCGCCCAAAUGUUGAAUAUGAUGUCUAAUCAAAAUAUCAACACACCACCGGAUCAACGUUAUGCUGUUCAAUUAGAACAACUUGUUUCAAUGGGUUUCACCAAUCGAGAAGCAAAUUUACAAGCUUUGACAGCUACAAUGGGUGAUGUAAAUGCGGCUGUUGAACGACUUCUCUCCCAAAUAUGA